AUGGAACUCCGUAGUUUUUCUAGACAGCCUGAUGGCAUACUUGCUAACCCAAGAUUGGGAAGGGAGGAAGUAUUGGAAGGUGAACAUCCGCAAGAUGCUAGAUUAGCCCGACAAAGCAUUUGGUUGAGCCCAAGUUUAAUUGCGGAGUAUAUACAGCUUUUUUUCAAUUUUAUUAUAGGAACUAUAGGACUGUCUCUUGCUAUUAAAUUCAUUUUGAUGAUAAGAAACGAUGUUAACUUAAAACUGGAGCAUAACGUGAGGGAAGAAUUAGAUAAAAUUGCAACUUGCAAAUCAAGGUAUUUUGAAAACCAGUGCGAACCUCAUAUGAGGGUUCCAGCAUUGGAGGUACGUUGCAAUGAAUGGUCAAAAUGUAUGAACAAGGAAAUAGUGUCUGGCUCCGAUUACCAAUGGGCUAAAGCAUGGGCUCGUACUCUGGCGGAGGUAAUAAAUGCUUUUUUUGAAGCGUUCAGUAUACGAUCUUUCCUUUUCAUUUUAAUUAGCAUAAUAGGUAUAAUAUUUGUUACCAAUACGAGUUUCGGAUCAUACAGGGUUUAUCUCAAUAAUAAAGAUACAAAAUCGGUUCGCCAUGCAUAG